AUGGCAGACCCACAAGAUGAGGAGGUCGCAAUCAGAACCAAGUACGCAUUGAAGAUCCAGAAUGACAUUCAGCGACAAGUGCCAGGGGCCAAGGAUUUCCGCCUCAACAAUGUCCAUCUCGCCAUGUUUGCUAGCGCUCCUCUAUCGAUCCUUCAGCCUGAUGGUAUGUUGGGAGGUGCGAUGCCAAUUGACAUGGUGCACCAUUACCUCGAGAUCUUCCCUCCGCUGGUAAAGCACUUCCUGGCGCGAUGGUCUGAUAAAGCUUAUAACAAACAUUUAACAUCGCGUCCCAACACACCCGCCGUUCCCAGUAAAACCCUCAAAGCGACCCGAGGGAGCGCCAGGGAAAGCAGUGCCAAAGCGCUGGAGAAGAUCCGCGAGCAGUUCCAGCAGCUGGAGCUUGAAGGGCCCGAGGAAGAUGAGAUCGAGGACGAGGAAGAUGAUAUCGCCGACAUGACAUUUGCCCUCGACGAAAAAAAGGGGAGGAACAGCUCUGCUAUCUCGGGCUGCAAAAAACGCGAUAGCAACAAAUGCGUCCUAACAAGCGCCAGCGACCCCGAAGUCUGCCAUAUCGUUCCAUUCUCGUGGAACUCGACGAGAGCCAACAUCAAGAAGACACAGUGUGUCUACUCAGCCAGCGCCAUCUUAAUGGGGGUAGACUGGACAAGCGACAAUUUGAUACUCCUCGCAAACCCCGAUGCGCCUGGCGGUUCAGACCAUGUCUGGAAUACCAUCUGCAUGAACCCGCUUCUUCACAAGUGGUGGGCGCAAGCAUUUUUCGGCCUCAAGUGCCUGGGGAUACUUGAGGGUAAGGAUACAUCCAUCGUCGAAGUUCAGUUCCGAUGGAUGCCUCGAAGCAAAAAGAACCCCAUGGCCUCAUGUUGUUUGACGGAGAACAACAUGAACUUGAUGUUAAAUGAGGUCAAAGCUCUCACUGACGGUGGGAACCUUCCAGCCACACCAAAGCAUGGCAAGAUCGGCACGUCUCAAGUUAACCUGAGGUCUGGAUACACCUUUCGCGUCGAAAUGCCACCCGAGGACGCCGGGCGAUUCAAAGAUAUGCUGGAUCUUCAGUGGGCGUGCAUCGUCAUCGCAGCUCUCUCUGGUGCCGCAAGAUAUCCACAUCUCCUUCCCGAUCACCCAAGAUGGGGGGAUUCAGACAUAAUCGACUACCCUUAUCACCACCCACCAGACAUCGGCUUUCUGGUCCGUGACUUUGGUCAACGUUUCUGGGCCCAAGGACACCCGUCUGGAAGAGAGACGUCUCUGAAGAUUCUUGUUCCAUUCCCCACGCCGGCCGCCGACCCUGAGACACCUGAGAACCGCGCCCCCGGCAAUGUCAUCGAGGAGUCCGCGACCUCACUUAUGGCGAGAAACAAUCGAUUCUCGGCCUAUUCACGACGCUGUGCAAAUGCCGAUCCCUCCGAUACUGCCAACUUCAACCCCAGGAUUCGCAGCAAGAAGAGCACCGAGACGUCAGUUGAAGUCGGUAAGAUUGACGGCGAGCUCGACGAUUUCCACAAGAAGCAGCGCACAAACGUCAGCGGAACGCUGAAGAGUCGCUAA